AUGGAUUGUCUAUACGUUGAAUUUGACCCACAAAACCCGCCAGUAUCCUGGCACGUAGACGACUCAUGGACCUUUGCAGAUCUCAUCAAAGAUAUAUCAAAUCAGUUAGGAAUGCGUGAUAAUAUUAAUAUUGCCUUGUAUGGAUCAAGAUUGGAGCCGAAUAUGGUAAUUGGCACUUCUAUUUUAGAAACAGAUAUCAUUCAAAUCCGUGACAAAGACAUGAAACCACUUACAAUUCGAAAAGAAAUUUUCGAUAGCAUCGACAAGCUUCAACCAGAUCAAUAUAGGAUAUUCUAUACUGAAAGCUUCACAUCCAUUACAAAAGGUUUCGUUAUUUCCCUUUCUGACAAAAUUUUGAAACAAGAUUAUCGAGAAACAAUCAAGUUUAUCCGUUCAGAAAUACAGAAACACAGUGAUAUAGAAGAAUAUGCUAUCAUUGUCAAGCUCCCCUCCGGCAUUAUCUAUAGAGAAGGAUCAUUAUUUGAAUUUUUCGAUGCAUAUCCACAGGCAAAGCACCAUAUUUACGUUGAUUUAGUCAAUACAGACAACUACGAAGUGGAUAUCGGCGAUAUUCUCACAGAAGAAAUCGAUGAAAUCUGUGAUACAACAGAUUUACUCAAAACAUCAUUUUCUCCAAUGAAAGAACUCGAUGAUAUCGAAUACGAAUACGCUGCUGUUGUCUAUGGCCUACUUUCCAACUCAAAUUCAGAUAUUAUUGACAAAAUUAUUUCAUGGUGCGAAAUUUUCACGAGAUACUCACCCGCACUUGUCGGAUUAUACGAUAUCAAGAACAAAUUAUCCAUCAAAUACCAUCAGAUCGUUUCAAUUUCGAAUGUUUUGAUAACAAUAAUUCAUGACAUCUUUGGCCAGAACGAUAUGACUGUUUGGAGCCAUGUCUUGAUGUUGUUCAACUAUAUCGAGAGCCAAAACAUGCAGUUCACCAACAAAUUCAAAAUUUAUUACGCUCCUUUCAUCAGAGACAAGUCCAAAUCGUAUUUCCUUAACCAUUACGAUACAUUGAAUCACCUGACCACUUAUAAUCUUGACUUCACUGACCAAUAUCUUUUAUCAAAUUCGAAAUUGUUCCUUCCUACAUCCGGAGACCUUCAAAAGGCCAAGGAGAUGACAUUCCAAGUCUUCUCGGUCAUCGACUUGAACGAAAAAGGCAGAGUCUGCAUCUUCAAGACUGAUGAUGGAAUGAAUCUGUAUUUGAAACCGAAAUACGACAAAAGUUCCAAAGAUUUCGAAAAGAUUGCAUUAAUUAUAAACCCAAGAACAGGUUCACAAGAAGAAAUCGAUAUCGCUAAAACCGCUUCCAUUCAAAAUUCUGAGAACAAAGGCCACUCAAGAAACGAAGUGAAACAAAUCAACAUAAUUUGUUGCGAUCUAUCCAGAUCAAUGGAAAAUAGCAACAAACUUAAAAAUGCUAAGAAAGUUAUUUCAAUUUUGGCAAAAAACGUUUUCGAAUUCGGUAUCGGAACAAUGUGGGGAUUAAUCAAUUUCUCUUCGACCGUAAAAACCGUUUUACCUCUAACCGCCAUUGCCUCUGAAUUUUCAAUGGCUGUAAAUGAAGAUUCUGAAUUAGGCGACGAUACAAAAUUAUUUGAAGCCAUCAAAGUUGCGUCAGAAACAAUCACUUCCAAGAGUGAGUACUUCGAUAAUGUCUACAAAAGAAUCGUUGUCGUAACAGAUGGAAUUGACAACGAUAAUCAUUAUAAAAGUGACGAAAGUUUACAAAAACUGACAAAAAUUUUGACAGACAACAAAAUCAUUUUAGAUGUCAUUUUCAUUGAUGAAAGUGAUAGUCGUGCUGCUGUUAUGUCACAAGCUACAGGUGGCUUAGCUUUCUUCUUUAAAGGGUCCGAACAAAAUUUGAUGGAAAGUGUUUUUUCAAGUGACGGUUUUUAUGAUUUGUCGUUAAGAAAAUAUGGAAAAGUGACAGUUCCUGACAAAUAUAGUAUUGAUUUUAAGAAUUUUGCUACUGGUGUUAAUCUUAGAGACUCCGAGAUAUCGAGUAAUGAAGAAGUAUUAACAUUAGAACAAGCAAUUUCUAGAAUUGACAAAAAGGAGAAAGAAUUGGAGAAAAAUUUCGAAAAAUUGAGUUCGACUUUAUUCGCAAUUCGUCAACAGAUGAAAGAUAUCUGUUGCCAGAAAGAAUUUAUUGAUUGGGUCGAUGUUUUCGUCAACAAAAAUGAUUUUUCUCAUUGGAAUAUUUUCCUGAAAACAGAAGAAAAUUCUAUUUACGAAGAAAAGUGGUUUAAAUUGUCACUUCACUUUGUAGAUAGUUAUCCAUUAUCUGCUCCUCAAUUGAGAUUCAUUCACCAGAUUCCACAUCCUAAUGUCUCUUUGGAUGGAACAAUUCAGUUGAAGAAAUUGAGAGGAGGUUAUGAUUCAACAAUUACGGUUUUUUCAAUUUUGAGAAGUUUACGAAAUAUGUUGACUUCACCUGUUAUUCCAAACUGCAUCAACAAUGUAGUUCGAAAGUGUAUGAAUGAUAAAGGAAAGCUUAAUUGGACUAGAAUAUCACUUAUCUACAAUGAUUAUGUUUACUACGAAACAAGGGAAGAAUUUAUGAAUGAAAUCAAACUAAGUAAUGAAAAUGUUAAAGUAGAUAUAGGAAGAAUAAUUACUUUCGAUGAAGAUCUUGAAGAUCCAUUCACUCACAGAUUGAUUGAAUUGCCUGUGAGGGCUCCAAAUGGAAGAUACUUCGAUAUGAAUAUUUUGCAGUUCCAGAUUAAAAAGUCUGAAAACGCUCACAUCGUUGACCCAAGAACAGGUGAAAUCAUUGAUUUCAGCAACUUGAGUUUGAUGAAAUUGGAUCAACCAUGCCAAUUAAGAAUCGGUGAAUACAAACAACACUAUCAUUUACAUUAA